AACUCAAUAUUAUCAGAACUGCGUUUAACUUCGCUCUUAUGAUCAGUUUAACAAAAUACAAUACAGUAUCUAUACGUGAUUUAGAAAAAAUCUAGUGAUUCUAUUAAAUAGUUUUCAGACUUUAAAAUGUUUCGUCUAGUACUGCUAGCUGUCUGCCCAUUCGGAGUGAUGGCAUACAUGUUCGAAUUAAACCCGACCAACAAUUUAUGGGAGAGAAACGACCAACUAUUAAUCACACUGGAUUUUGUAUAUGAGCGUCUAGCUGGACCAAUAACAAACGACGGCUGCAAUUCUCAUAGAAGAUCAUUCUCGAUAAUGGCCCGGUCAAUUAUACAGUACGUUAGGAAAACAGACAUAACAACCAAGAGAGUAUUAAAGAAAAUCAAAAAGCAGCUCAACCAGCCAGCUGAUGUCAUUGCUGCUGACGUCAGGCGGGAUUUGAAUAUGAUUAGAGCGAUAAUUGAUCAGCCUAUGAACGACAUAAAGAAAUAUUGCCAGCCGAACACAACCUCCGUGGAGUGCGAAGAAAAAUUACUUUAUAACACAGCAGUGCAGUCUCUGAAGUGCCCUUUUUACAUAAACCAUUUUAAGCUACGAGAAGAUUUAGAGAAUCUGCUUCUAGCGGAAGACUUCCAGAACCUUCUAGAAGAAGCCAUGAGUACCAGCGUGGAAGGAAACGAUAAGAAUGCUUUAAAUUUCUUCGUACAAAGCGUUCUUAACAGAAAGAAUGUUCUAGAAAAAAUGAGGAUGCUCUACAAAAAACACAAACACGACGUAUUUCCUUGUAUGUAUACAGGGAUGUUUAAAGACUGGCAAAAACGAAUAUGUUCUAAUUUGGAUGUAUUAAGUUUGUAGUUGGAAUAGUAUGAUUGGCGAAGAGAUGCAUCAUGCAAAUGAAUAUUCUAAUGUAGGUGACCGUACUCAAGAUGCUUUUUUACGAUCGUUAACGCUAACAGAAACAAAAUUUAUGGUAAAAUACUAACAGUGAGUUAUUGCAGGUGUUCAAGAAUUGUGAGUAGAAAUGUAAUUUUAAACGUGUCACUUGUCAGCAAAAGUAAGCAAAGGUUUUUAAUAGCAAAGGAUAUUUUUAAAAAGAUAAGCCGAAGCAAAAAAAUUGCCUUAGUUAAUAUAUUGCAACCAAUUUAACAUUUAGCGAGCCGGUAGAAAUCUGAUUGUAUGGAUGCUUCGCCACUGAAGGUUUUACAACCUUCUUCUAUGCUUAUGGAAACAUAAGUAUAAAGUUUAAAUUUGUUUAAAUUUCUUUAUUUUUACUUAUAAAAACAGCGUCGUCUACCCACAAGGUGGACAGAAGACUUAAUAAAAGUCGGAGGAGGUCGCUGGAUGCGGGUCGCUUCCAGUAGAUCAAUCUGGAAAUAUUUGAAGGCUCAUGUUCAGCAAUGGACCUGUGACUGGUGAUGAUAGUGAUGAUUUAUAAAAAAUAUAAUUGAAUAAAUAUGGCUGACGUAAUCAGUGGUCAGACUCAAGCGUCCCUUGUGUCAUCAAAAAUAAACAAAGCUAGACCCUCCAUCUAUUCAUAAGUAAUAUUUGAAUGGGCCCAUUCUUAUAUCUAACCUAGGUUAGCGUUAACAAUUGUAAAAAGCAAAUACUCUUCGGCGUUUGAUUCUAAUGUUGUUAUAUUCAUACGCAAAAAAUGUAUUAAAACACACAUGUUUAUGUUGUUGUACAAAAAUGUUUUCCAUAUUUAUAAAUAAAAUAAAAUUGAAGAUUA